UUGUCGCCUUGUUUUCUUGUGCAAGAGUUGACCAUAUAGCCUAGUCCGAGUGCCCGGGGAGGGGUGCGAGUUGGGUAACGUCCUUUGCAUUUCGCCAUGGCAUGGACCACAAGACCUUGGACCAGCGCUGGCCACGGCAGGUCGCUCCGGACCUGGAGACAGAAGCCGCCCGGCUGCUGCGCUGGGCCUCCGAGGAUGCAUGGGGCCGCCGGCCAGGCCAGCGGCCGGAACCGGAGCCGGACGAGAGCUACUCCGCCGCGGUGGGGUCCAGCUACCUCGGGGGCGCGGACUCUGACCCUUGGCAGCGCCUACUGCGCGGAGAGGGCGCCUUUUGCGAGGUCCCGGUGGCGCUCUUGGAGCGGCUUCGGCGCCAGGGUGAGGCGCAGCUCGCGGAGAUCGCGGAGCUGCGGGGCCAGCUGGCGCAGCUGCCGCAGGUGGAGGAGGAGAUCGCUGCCAUGGAAGCAGAGCUCGCUGAGCUGCAGAGCAACUGCGUGGUCAACGCCAACGAGUCUAGACCGACCCAUGUUCAGCGUGCAUCCGAGGAUCGAGCUCCGGAAUCUGGAGGCGGAGGCGCUGGUCGGCGAGGCUCAGCGCCUGGAGGAGGAGAAGCAGAAGCGCAAGGAGCGCUUGGAGGCCUUGACCGCGCAGGCGGACGAGAUUGAGUUCUGGCUGGACGCCGCGGGGCAUGCGCCGGUGGGCCCUGAGGGCCGCGCGCGCGUGGAGCGCUUCAAGGCGGCGGCCCAGGCGGCGGCGGAGGCGGCCGAGCGCCCAGUCGAGAAGCGGCACAGCGCUUCUGCAGCGCUGUACAGCGUGACGCAGUGGAAGGAGUUCUUCCAAGGGGAGGAGCUGGCGGACGGCGAGCAGCAGGAGCUGGAGACCUUUUUCGCCCGCAUCGACCCAGGCCGGCCGCUAACCGGCGCGGAGGUGACAGCAGCGGCGGGCAACCCCCAGAUCGGCCUGCCGCGGCAGCUGCGAGGUUUGCUGGCCAAGGUGGCCAGCAAGCACGCCGCAGGCGCUCCAUCGCAGGCUGAGGCCCAAGUGUUACAGGCGAACGCUGAAACGCAGCCGAGCGCCGAGGUGCAGGCGCAGCCCAGUUCUGCACAGACGCCGAGCGCUGUGCAGACGCCGGGCGAUACUGCGAAGGCUCCAGAGGUGCAGCCUAGUCCUGCACAGAAGCCAAGCGCUGUGCAGCCGCCGGGCGAUACUACGCAGGCUCCGGAGGUCCAGCCAAGCCCUGCUUCCGCGCCGAGCGCGGCACACACUGCACAAGCUGAGGUGUCUCCAAGCGCUGCGCAGACGCCGCAGACUGCCGCAGCUGCUUCGGCCGAGGAGGAUGGGAACUUCACGGUGGGAGAGUGGAUCGAUUUUUUCCAGGAGGAAGGCGCUUUGGACGACAAGGAGCGGCGUGAGCUGGAGCAGAAGUGCAAGGCCAUCGAGUCGCCUGAGAAGGGUCGCUCCAUGGAAGACAUGAGGAGCGCACUGAGUGGCCUCGGCUUGUCGCCGCGCCUGGAGGAAAAGCUCCUCAAGAUCUUAGCUGCCGCAGAGGCAGCGGAGGAAGAUGAAGAAACCAACUUCAGCAAGCAGGAGUGGAUGGACUUCUUCCAGGAAGACGAAGAUAUUUCUGCGGAGGAGCUCCCGGUCUUGGAUAAGCUCCUUGACCAGAUGGACACUUCAGGCGAUGGCCAGAUCUCUGCGGAGGAGAUCACCGCCGCGUUGAAUGACCAGAGCCUGAAGAUGCCUGCGGCCGUCCGUGCCAAGCUGGUGGAGUUCAUGCAGAACGUGGGCUGAGGAAUUUCUGCGCGAGGCGCGAGGCGGUGGCGGAGCUGUGCCGGCCGAGUGCUCGCCGCGAGCGAUCCGCCAGCGCGGGACUCCUUGCCGCGAGAG